UGGCUGGACUAGCUGUCACUUUCGUAACGAAAGCGGAUAAACAUCGUGUACUGUGUUAAUUUAUGCUUAUAAAUAUUGUUUUGUUUAAAACAUGGAUGAUAUUUGCCGUCUAUGCUGUUCCACUCAUUUUGUAAAUAAUUAUAUUUUUGAUGAGGAGAACGCUUUGUUUUUAAAAAUGUCGUUAUACUUGCCAAUAAAGGUGUUUAAAAACGAUCGACUACCUCAGAAGAUUUGUGACAAGUGCAGUUGUAAAGUGAACGAUUUCUACCAAUUCUGUAAUGAAACUAUUGAAGUUCAAAACAGAUUAAAGGGCAUUUUGACAUCAUCAAAAAUUAUUGUUAAUGAUAGAUUAGACUUCACAAUUAUAAAACAAAAUGCCAACUCACCUCCGCCUCCACACACUUGCACUCAGGGCACACAAACGGAACACCAACAAGAUGGCACUAGUGAACCCAAAAUCAAAACUGAACCAAAAACAUUAUCACCGGAAAUUAAAAAGGAGUGUGAUUACUUUGAAAUAGAUGACUUUGCACACAUUGACAUACAUUCAGAUAAUAGUGAGGAAGAGUUCCUUAUUGAUAUUAAGAAAAAAAAGAAAAGUAGGAAAGAAAACAAUGACACUAGCAAUGGGGUAAUAAAAGCUAAAAGAGGCAGGAAGAGAAAAACGAAACAAGGUGACCAGGAGCUCGGCUCACAGCCUAUAGCUAAUGGACUGGCACUGAUAAGUGAGGAGUCUGGAGUGGAUCUGGAUCUUGUCAAGGAAGAGAUAGAGAUGAGGCCACAAGAGCUGGGAAAAGUUUUGGAUAGUAUGCAAGAGCUGAAACCAGAGUCUAAUGAAGAUGUGUUUUAUUGUUGCAUGUGCUUUGCCCAGUGUGGCUCAAGAUUGGCAUUGUUAAAACAUUACAAGGAGCAUGGACGCAAGUGCGAGGCUUCGCAGGAGCCCGCUCCACCGCCAGCACCACCAGGUGACGCCUCACGCUGUCUGCGCUGUCAGAAGACGGUGCCGGCCCCGCAGUGGGCCGAGCACUGGCGGCGGCACUUCGCGCGCGACACGCACCCGUUCCGCUGCGCGCUGUGCGAGGUGACGUACCGCGACCACCACCGCAUCCUCAAGCACGGGCUGACGCACGGCGCGCACGAGCUGCGGCGCGAGGAGGGCUCGCGCGCCGCGCCGCGCUUCGUGUGCGACGUGUGCCCGGCCGGCUUCCGCUACAUGCGCUGCCUGCUGGCGCACCGCACGCGCGCGCACCCCGAGGCGGCGGCGCGCGCGCUGGCGCUGCGCUGCGGCGUCUGCGCGCGCAGCUUCGCGCACUCCAACUCGCUGCGCCGCCACGCGCGCGUGCACUCGGGCGAGCUCAACUACCUGUGCAACGUGUGCGGCAAGGCGCUGUCCUCGCGCGAGCACCUCAAGUUCCACAUCCGCAUCCACACCGGCUACAAGCCCAACGUCUGCAAGGUGUGCGGGAAGGGGUUCGUGAAGAAGUGCAACCUGAAGCUGCACGAGCGGGUGCACUCCGGCGAGAAGCCGCACGUGUGCUCGCACUGCGGGAAGGCGUUCUCGCAGCGCUCCACCCUCGUCAUACACGAAAGGUACCACAGCGGCGCGCGGCCCUACGCGUGCUCGCUGUGCGGGCGCGGCUUCGUGGCGCGCGGCCUGCUCACCAUGCACCUCAAGACGGCCUGCGUCGACGUGCCGCGCCACCGCCCGCCGCCGCCGCGCCCGCCCAAAUUAAGUUCGCGAUGAAAGGCUCUUAGAAUAACACCUUCGACUGCUAUCGAUUAUAUCCGAUGUGACGAGUUGGGUUGUUUUUAAUUUUAAAAAACUGUUUCCUUGAAGAUAUACGCUGAUCAUUACUAUUAUGCCUCUAUACGUACAGUGUUGCUGGGUCUGCUAGUGGUCGUGGUAAUUCUGAACGAUUCAACGAAUCGCUGGCAUAUUUUAAUCACACACGAAGCUCGUUUCGUUUAAACAGUGGUUUAUAGCUGAGUCACGUUUCGAUAGAUGGCGCUGUUUUCAACUUUUCAAAUUAUUUUUAAAAUACGAA